AUGGAUGAGGUUGUUGAUGUUGAUAACGUACUGGAAAAUAUAAAUCCUAAUGUGGGAGUGGAAUUACCAACCUUUGGUUCCUAUUUCCCCAGGGUUGAUCAAUUUUACAUCCCCACAUGGUUAACGAUGCAAUUUCUUGCCAACAAUCUGAUUUGUUUUACGCCAUUAUUCUCAUAUGGAACUACUGUGUGGAGUAUAAAACGGUCCAAGACUGCGUUAGGAUUUUCGAUUGAUAUCUGUGCUACGAUGUUAAUCGCGAGUAUUUUAAGGGUUUCUUACUACUUAAUUACCCCAUACGAGGUGACUCUUCUAAUGCAAUCAUUGGUUAUGAUUUUUAUACAGAUUAUACUGUUAUAUACCAGUUUGCAGUUUAGACCAGAAGAAUACAAAUUUGACAGGUUGAAGCCCGUUGAAUCACUCUCGCAGUUAUUCAAAGAUUCUUGGAGAGAAUUUUUCCCGGUGAAUCCUUAUAGGUCUGAUUGGAAGGGCUUUUUUAAGGCUUUGAAUUCAAAUGAUGUUCUGGGGUUUUCUGAACGGAUGGUGUUAGUUUUAUUUUACAAAGUAUUAAAGUUCUUCGAUCCCAGUUAUCAACGGGUUAAUGCUUUUUGGCAAUGGAAUGACGUGAGGAAGUUUUGGAGUUUUUUACUGUGGUUUGCCGUAUCUCAGCUUUGCAUUACCGUGUUUGUGGCUAAAAUUAUGAAUUGGGAUUCAAUAACUCAGUGGACAGGUUCUUUAGUUGGAUCACUAGGUCUUUUAAUAGAAUCGCUCUUACCACUACCCCAAAUUUCAAUUUUACAUAAACUUAAGACAGUUCAAGGGUUCAAGCUGAUCUUGUUGGUGAGCUGGCUUUGUGGUGAUAUACUGAAAAUCAGUUAUUUGGCUUUUGGGGCUAAGAAUAUAUCUUUCAUGUUUUUAUUCUUUGCUUUAUUUCAAAUGUGCUUGGAUAUAUAUAUAGCGUUCCUCUAUGUCUACUACAAGUACUACUUUGCCAAACGGAGGAGAGGGUCGCUGCCACCACUUAUAGAGUUGCAGGAUUUGUCCAUAAGUGAACUAAAAACAGUUCAUAAUGUAUAA